UACCUUGUACUAGUAGUAGUACACUACUUAAAAGUUAACUCCCAACUUGUGUUGCCGGUUGUACCCAAAUAAACUGCAGCUCAACAACGACAGUGUACCUGAUUCGAUCCCUACUUUGUCUAGCAGUGGACCAGCACUCACCAAAAUUUCUUGAAUGAUAGAAUGAUAGAAAUUGAACAACUGGCUAACUAGAACACUCUUUUUCUGCAAUCACUAGAAUCACUAGAAUCUUGCCUCUUCUAACGAAUAACUAUUCGGUCUUUUUCUCGAUUCCCCUCUUUCUCCGUUUUCAACGCCAGAUUUACGGGAAGUAAGCCGAACUCUUACAUCCGCAUAUUAUUUUCCCCGAUUUAUAUCGAAACAAGUCAGCAGCAAAAGUGGCUGAAGCGGAACACUCCCCAGUCAUUCCUCCGCUUGAAAUCCUUUCCUAAGCACCAUUGCGUAUCUUUGGCGCUCUGCAGGAGCUCGGUUCGGGCAUCCGUUAUACUUUGAUGACCCUCUAAACAUAUUAUUUCGCUUUACCAACCCAACUCCCUUUACUUACGCCCUCCCAAUAUCCUCCUCCGCCCCUACCACCGACACGAUGACCCAGACAAACGGCAGCGGCCCUGCUGUUAAUGGCAGCAGGACGGUGCCUGUUGUUAAUGGCAAGGCCAGCUACACCGAGAAGCACAAAGUGCCCGAACACUUUAUUGGUGGGAACAGACUGGAAAAUGCCCCUCCUUCGAAAAUGAAGGACUUUGUCACUAAACAUGAUGGACAUACCGUAAUCACAAACAUUCUAAUCGCCAAUAAUGGUAUUGCUGCCGUUAAAGAGAUUCGGUCAGUACGAAAAUGGGCGUACGAGACGUUUGGCGACGAGAGAGCUAUCCAGUUCACGGUGAUGGCGACACCGGAAGAUCUUGCUGCAAAUGCCGAUUACAUUCGAAUGGCCGACCACUAUGUAGAAGUGCCUGGUGGUACGAACAACCACAACUAUGCCAACGUUGAGUUGAUUGUGGAUAUUGCAGAACGGAUGAACGUUCAUGCUGUAUGGGCCGGAUGGGGACACGCAUCAGAAAACCCCAAACUGCCAGAGUCGUUAGCAGCGUCGCCCAAAAAGAUCGUCUUCAUUGGCCCUCCAGGGUCUGCCAUGCGUUCGCUCGGUGACAAAAUCUCCUCCACUAUCGUCGCACAACAUGCCAAGGUACCAUGUAUCCCCUGGUCAGGAACGGGUGUCGAUCAAGUCGAGGUCGACAGCUCGGGCAUUGUCACAGUCGCCGAGGACAUAUACAUGAAGGGGUGCGUUGGCUCGUGGGAAGAGGGCCUGGAAAAGGCCAAGGAAAUCGGCUUUCCUGUCAUGAUCAAGGCCUCUGAAGGUGGCGGCGGUAAGGGUAUCCGAAAAGCCAUGUCCGAAGAAGGUUUCGAACAGUUAUACAAGGCCGCCGCAAACGAAAUUCCAGGCUCGCCAAUAUUCAUCAUGAAAUUGGCCGGUAAUGCCCGACAUUUAGAGGUACAGUUACUUGCGGAUCAGUAUGGCAACAAUAUCUCGCUCUUUGGCAGAGAUUGCUCUGUGCAGCGAAGACAUCAAAAGAUUAUCGAGGAGGCUCCUGUCACAAUAGCCAAGCCCCCAACAUUCAAGGGCAUGGAGGAUGCUGCUGUUCGUCUGGGCCGUCUUGUUGGCUACGUUUCCGCCGGCACGGUUGAAUAUCUCUACUCCCACGAAGACGAUCGAUUCUAUUUCUUAGAGUUGAACCCCCGUCUUCAAGUAGAGCAUCCUACUACGGAAAUGGUUAGUGGUGUCAACUUGCCUGUCGCCCAGCUACAAGUUGCCAUGGGUAUUCCUCUGCACCGAAUUAGCGAUAUUCGACUUCUCUACGGCGUCGAUCCUAAAUUAGCUACCGAAAUCGACUUCGAAUUCAAAAACCCGGAAAGCGAUAAGACUCAACGACGGCCGCAGCCCCGUGGCCACUGCACAGCUUGCCGAAUCACAUCCGAAGACCCUGGCGAGGGCUUCAAACCUUCCAAUGGUGUCAUGCACGAUUUGAACUUUCGAAGUAGCGCCAACGUCUGGGGUUAUUUCUCCGUCAGUACCGCCUCAAGCAUUCAUAGCUUUUCCGAUAGUCAGUUUGGCCACAUCUUCGCUUACGGAGAGAGCCGAGCUGCUUCCCGAAAGAACAUGGUGGUUGCAUUGAAGGAACUGAGCAUUCGUGGUGACUUCAGGACAACCGUUGAAUAUCUUAUCAAGCUACUUGAGACAGAGGCUUUCGAAGACAACACUAUCACUACUGGCUGGCUUGAUGAGCUUAUUUCCAACAAGCUGACUGCCGAACGCCCAGAUCCUAUGCUUGCUGUAGUCUGCGGCGCUACAACCAAGGCACAUAUUUCUAGUGAAGCUUGCAUAGCAGAGUACCGCUCUGGGCUGGAGAGGGGUCAGGUUCCGUCCAAGGAUAUCCUCAAGACGGUCUUCCCCAUUGACUUCAUCUAUGAAGGCUUCCGAUACAAAUUCACUGCGACCCGCGCGGCUGUGGAUAGUUACCAUCUCUUCAUCAACGGCUCCAAAUGCUCAGUCGGUGUUCGUGCUCUCAGCGAUGGUGGCUUGCUCAUCCUUCUGGAUGGGCGAAGUCACAGUGUUUACUGGAAGGAAGAGGUUGGUGCCACUCGUAUCUCUGUGGAUAGCAAAACGUGCUUGCUUGAGCAGGAGAAUGACCCCACCCAACUGCGCACGCCCAGUCCUGGUAAGCUUGUCAAGUACACCGUGGAGAACGGCGAACAUGUCAAUGCUGGCCAAACUUUCGCCGAAGUUGAGGUCAUGAAGAUGUUCAUGCCUUUACUAGCUCAAGAAGACGGCAUUGUACAAUUGAUCAAGCAGCCUGGUGUCACAAUCGAGGCUGGUGAUAUCCUUGGUAUCCUUGCCCUCGACGACCCUACCCGUGUCAAGCAAGCACAACCGUUCCUUGGACAGCUCCCUGAAUUUGGACCGCCCCAAGUCGUGGGCAACAAGCCUGCGCAGAGAUUCAACUUGGCAUACAACAUCCUCAACAACAUUCUCUGUGGCUAUGACAACUCUGUCAUCAUGCAACAGACACUGAAAGAGAUGAUUGACGUGCUAAGGAGCCCCGAACUUCCUUACAGCGAAUGGGCGACUCAUCAUGCUGCUCUCCAUUCUAGGAUGCCUCAAAAGCUUGAUGCUCAAUUUACCCAGGUAGUUGACAAAGCCAAAUCUCGAGGAACUGAGUUUCCCACGAAAACGUUGGCGAGGACACUCACCAAAUUCUUAGACGACAACGCAUCACGCAACGAAGCUGAUACUCUUCGAGACACCAUUGCGCCCCUUAUCGAAGUCCUCGAUAGCUAUUCCGACGGCCAGAAGGUCCGCGAACUCAAUGCCAUUGCCAGCUUACUCCAUAUGUACGCCGAUAUCGAGGGACGUUUCUCUGGGCGUCGCAGUCAGGACGAGGAAGUGAUUUUGAAACUUCGUGAAGAGAACAAGGAAGACUACAUGAAGGUCAUCACAACUGUCUUGUCCCACAGCCGUGUAGGCUCUAAGAAUCAUCUCAUCCUAGCUCUCCUUGAGGAAUAUCGACCAAACAAACCCAAUGUCGGCAACAUCGGGAAGUAUAUGAGACCAGUUUUACGGAAGUUGACAGAACUCGAGUCACGCCAAACAGCUAAGGUUUCUUUGAAAGCUCGGGAGAUUCUUAUCCAGUGCGCACUGCCAUCCCUCGAGGAGCGAACCGCGCAGAUGGAACAUAUUCUGCGUUCUUCUGUAGUCGAGAACAAGUACGGCGAGACUGGCUGGGAACACAGAGAACCUAACCUGGAUGUUAUUAAAGAAGUUGUCGACUCUAAGUACACCGUUUUCGAUGUUUUGGCAUCGUUCUUCGCGCAUGAGGAUCCUUGGGUUAACGCUGCCGCUCUCGAGGUUUACGUCCGCCGAGCGUACCGAGCAUACGUCUUCAAGAACUUGGAAUAUCAUGAGGAUGAAACGGAUUCAGUUCCGCAAUUUUUGUCCUGGGAUUUCUCUUUCCGAAAGAUCGGUCAAACUGAAUUUUCGGUUCCUCUACAGUCGGCCAACCCUUCUGUCCCUGGUACCCCAACUACAGAGAUCGGCGGCUUCAGCCGGAUAAGUUCUGUCAGUGACAUGACUUAUUUGAACCGUCGCACCGACGAGGAACCCACUCGCCGAGGUGUCAUUGUUCCUUGCAAAUACCUCGACGAUGCCGACGAAAUGCUCCUCAAGGCUCUGGAAGUGAUGCCGAAGAAGAAGCGUGGUUCCGUCAUGCCUGACCUCAGUGGCAAGCGUAAAUCGUUUACUCAGAAGCCCAUUGUGGAAGAAUUGACUAACGUCAUCAACGUCGCUGUUCGCGACGUGGAAUCUUAUGAUGACGAAGAUAUCCUGGCGCGUAUUCGCACACUGGUUGAUUCCAUCAAGCUCGAACUCCUCGCUCACAAAGUUCGCCGCGUUACAUUCGUCUGCGGUCACAAUGAUGGCUCCUAUCCGGGCUACUAUACUUUCCGCUCCCCUGAAUUUGUCGAAGAUAAUAGCAUUCGCCACGUCGAGCCCGCUUUAGCAUUCCAGCUUGAACUUGCCCGUCUUUCGAAAUUCAAAAUAUCCCCCGUUUUCACGGAGAAUAAGAAUAUUCAUGUGUACGAGGCCAUUGGUAAAGGUGUUGACACUGAUAAGCGGUAUUUCACGCGUGCCGUCAUCCGACCUGGUCGACUUCGGGAUGAUAUUCCUACUGCUGAAUACCUUGUCUCCGAGGCUGACCGAGUGAUCAACGAUAUUUUCGAUGCACUAGAAAUCAUCGGAAACAACAACUCCGAUUUGAACCACAUGUUCCUAAACUUCACGCCUGUGUUCCAGCUGAAGCCCGAGGAGGUUGAACAGUCUCUGCAAGGUUUCCUCGAUAGGUUUGGCCCUCGUGCCUGGCGCCUACGUGUAUCUCAAGUCGAGAUCCGCAUCAUCUGCACGGAUGCGACUACGGGAAUGCCCUACCCCCUCCGUGUCAUCAUCACCAACACAUCUGGAUAUAUCAUACAAAUAGAAAUCUACGCAGAGAGAAAGUCAGAGAAGGGCGAAAUGGUUUUCUACUCUAUCGGAGGCACCACCAGGAUUGGGUCUAUGCACUUACUCCCCGUCUGCUCGCCGUACCCUACCAAGAACUGGCUCCAGCCCAAGCGAUACAAAGCGCAUCUUAUGGGUACCCAAUAUGUGUACGAUUUCCCCGAACUCUUCCGACAGGCCGUUGAAAACACAUGGACCAAGACUGUCAAGGCUAUGCCAUUCUUAGCCGACCAGAAGCCCGCACAAGGUGAAUGCAUCGAAUAUAGCGAGCUCGUGCUUGAUGACCGUGAUAGGUUGAUCGAAGUUUCUCGCGAACCUGGUACUAACACUUGUGGUAUGGUUGGUUGGGUCAUCAAUGCUCGCACCCCUGAGUACCCCAAGGGUCGUAAGUUUGUCAUUGUCGCCAAUGAUAUUACUUACAAGAUUGGAUCAUUCGGUCCCAAGGAGGACCACUUCUUCAACAAGUGCACCGAACUGGCUCGUAGCUUAGGUAUCCCUCGCAUCUACCUAUCAGCUAACUCUGGCGCACGGCUUGGCCUUGCCGAGGAGUUGAUGCCACACUUCAAAGUCGCCUGGAAUGAUCCAGAGAGACACGAGUCAGGAUUCAAGUACCUUUACCUAGACGCAGCGGCCAAGAAGCGAUUUGAGGACGGCGACAAGCGUGAUGUUAUUACUGAAGCCGUCACCGAAAAUGGUGAGACACGCCACAAAAUUGUUGCUAUCGUCGGUGCCGAGGAUGGUCUUGGUGUCGAAUGUCUAAGAGGCUCUGGUCUCAUUGCCGGUGCCACAAGCCGCGCAUACAACGAUAUCUUCACUGUAACACUUAUUACCUGCAGAUCUAUUGGUAUUGGUGCCUACCUAGUGCGCCUGGGUCAACGUGCCGUUCAGAUUGAAGGCCAGCCCAUUAUCCUCACUGGUGCUCAGGCUCUCAACAACUUGCUUGGUCGUGAAGUGUAUACCUCGAACCUCCAGCUUGGUGGCACCCAGAUCAUGUACCGCAAUGGAGUGUCCCACUUGACUGCUAACGAUGACUUUGCUGGUGUGUCUAAGAUUGUUAACUGGUUGUCUUUCGUUCCUGCCCAGCGUGGCCUCCCAGUGCCCAUCUCACCUAGCCUCGACACUUGGGACCGAGAGGUCAUCUACACCCCACUAAAACAGCAGGCGCACGAUGUAAGGUGGCUUAUUGGUGGCAAGGAAGACGAGGAUGGUUUCCAGCCAGGCCUAUUCGACAAGGACUCUUUUGUCGAGACCCUAGGCGGUUGGGCCCGUACUGUUGUCGUCGGCCGUGCUCGCCUUGGUGGUAUUCCCAUGGGUGUUAUUGCCGUGGAAACCCGAACUGUAGAGAAUAUUACCCCUGCUGACCCCGCCAACCCUGAUUCUGUUGAGCAAGUCUCUAACGAAGCUGGCGGUGUCUGGUACCCCAAUUCCGCUUUUAAGACUGCCCAGGCCAUCAACGACUUCAACUAUGGUGAGCAGCUUCCUCUAAUGAUUCUUGCCAACUGGCGAGGAUUCUCUGGCGGUCAGCGAGAUAUGUACAACGAGGUCCUGAAAUAUGGAUCAUACAUUGUCGACGCUCUGGUCAAAUUCGAGCAGCCUAUCUUCGUGUACAUCCCGCCUUUUGGCGAGCUACGUGGUGGCUCUUGGGUCGUCGUAGACCCCACCAUCAACCCUGUCGCCAUGGAAAUGUACGCCGAUGUUGAAGCGCGCGCCGGUGUUCUUGAGCCUGAAGGUAUCAUUGGUAUCAAGUAUAAGAAGGAAAAGCAACUUGAGACCAUGUCUCGCUUAGAUCCAACCUACGCCCUGCUUAAGAAGCAAGCUGCCGACAACACCUUAUCUAAGGACGAGCUGGAUGAAGUUAAGCAUAGGAUGACGCAACGUGAGAAGCAACUAUUGCCGAUCUAUGCUCAGAUCAGCCUGCAGUUCGCUGACUUGCACGACCGAGCUGGCCGCAUGAAGGCCAAGGGUACUAUUCGGGAAAUCCUAGAGUGGAAGAACACUCGUCGCUUCUUCUAUUGGCGCGUGCGCAGACGUCUCAACGAGGAACACAUCAUCAAGCGCAUUGUCGCUGUCUCGGCUCCGGCCAAUACCGUUGUCGACUCAAAUAGCCCAGCCGCCACAGAGAAUCGUAAACAUCACCUCCGCCUAUUAGCUGCCUGGUCUGGCAUCGCCGACUUCGACCGCGAUGACAAGGGCGUGGUGAACUGGUACGAAGAAAAUGCGGACACUAUCACAGCCAAGAUCAACCAGAUCAAGGCGGAUGCUAUCUCACGAGGGGUUGCAGAUCUCCUUACAACGGACAGGCAAUCUGCCCUCAAGGGCUUCAAGGAUAUGUUACAUAUGAUGCCUGUUGUUGAACGGGAAGAGAUCAUGAAUUUUCUUAAAUAGAAGCGUGGGGGUUUCAUGAGUAACGUUCGCGGGGAAAAGGGGAGUGGGGGGAGAUAUUUGGCUCUCUUAUCAUGGCAGUUUUCCAUCUUAAAGAAGGUUAUAGAUUAUGAUGAUCAAAAAAGGAAGACUUGCGAUUGUAUAUUAGCUCUCGACUAGGAUUAUUGGUUUGGCUCGUGGUGGUGGUGGCGGUGGCGCGCUGGUGCGUUUUCUUUUUUCAGAGUACCGUUGGCCUGGCCUUGCUUAUCUGGGUGUUUUUAUCUUUAUUUACCUACAUCCAUAGCUAUACCUACCUAUAUCCAAUGGUUUGAAAUUA